AUACAUGGACUGUAUUCUGUGCAGAAUAGAGGAGGAACUCGUCGCUCCUGGUGUGUUAAAGCACGGGGCCAGUAAAUAGUGAUUCAGAUUCAGAUUGCAUUUAACAGGCUACAGUCUGCGACUCAUUUUUUCCGACCACUUCAGGGAGAAGAGGAAACGCAGCAGCCCGACUCAACCCUUUGUCGCCGGGGUUUCUGUGUAAGCCACUUUGGAGAUGCUCCAGGAGGCAGGGAGCAGAGCUAUGCUCUGCUUAUCCUGCUGCCUCCUGUUGGGGCUCUUUGUCCCAGUAGAGUGCACAGAAGGGUCUGGGGAAGCAGACCUGGAAGACUGGGAGUGGGGUUCUGGAUCCUCCUUUCUGCACCUGCUCCACAGUUUCCCAGCUGACAGCCCCCUCCUAACAGAAAGCCCAGGGAAGCCAGUCAACUGCAGCCAGCGCUUCUGGUUACCCCCGUCAUCUGCCGUGUGCUGGGAGAACAUAGCAGGGCCUGAGGAAUUUGCCCGGUCCCGUCUGCUGGUUCUCCAGAACAGAGCCGCCCUCCAGGCUGUGUCCACCUCCAGUGGGGUAGAGGAGGGAGGGAUCUCAUAUGACCACCAGGCCAAGGAUGAGGUACAGGGGAUCCGGACAGACCACCUGAGUGCAGUGGAAACUAUGCUGACCAUGGAGAAGGUAUUCAUCUCUUUGGAGGAGAAGAGGAAAGAUGGGAAGGAGCAGAAUGUCCUGACAAGCAUGAAGCAGCAUCUUACCAAUACAAGGGCCGCCAUCGAUGGCAGAGAACACAUGGCAGACAUCCUGGAGCAGCAGAUUUCUACUCUGGAGAUGACUCUGCUGAACAUGCAGCUUCGUAUUAACAAACUCAUCCAGUAACAGUCAUUGACCUGCUGCUGUUUUUGUUUUAAACCUGAAAUAUGUUAAUAUAUUCCUGUAUUGUAUCAUAAUGUAGAAAAUGCAUGCAUAGGGUGAAAUGUUUUAGUUUGUGCUAUGAAAACAUGUGAUAUGCACCUUAUAAUAUCAAUACAUCUACUCAAGUACAAUGUAUGACUCUGAAUCAGCAUGGACCAAUAAAGCACACAUUAUCAGGGA